CGGAAAAAUAGGUAAGAGAAUCCAAGACGCAAAAUUCGGCGAGUGCGCCGUGAUGAGCAACGGGAGCACGGACAACGAGGAUGCGGACCUCCCGACCCUUGACGAGGACCGCGAGUUGCGCAAGAAGAUUCUGUCGAGGAGGAAGCAGCAACGGUAUCGCAAGCGGAUCGUCGCCGACAACGACGGACUUCGCGCGCACGCUCGUGAUUUAGAGCGGGAACUGCAUCGACUCAAGGCCGAGACGAAGCAAAGCGAUCUCGUCCCACAUGUAUUGCCAUGGCAGCAGGUUGCGAAAGCCUUGAUGGAGGAGCGCGAUUCGUCCCUGGAGACGAACGCGUUUCUCAAGGCAAAGUGUCGAAACUACCGCGACGUGAUUGCGAAGCUCGGCGAAUGGGCGCAGACAGUGUUUGGUCUACCGACACAGCCACGAACGGACAUCAACACGUGGCGCACCGUGCGACUGGGAACCGACCCCAUGCUGCGCGGCAAUGGAAUCGAUUGGAUCACACGUCACCUCUAUCACAACACGGACGCGAUGCUGGAGCGAUAUCGCUUCUCUGCGAUUCCAUCUCGUGGUGUGUACAGUGAGGACGACAUCGACGUGACCGAUUCGGACGGGUUCCGCUGCAUUCACCGGUUCCACGGCGAUGUCGCACAGUCCGUGGAAGGCAUUGCUUCAGCCUUGCGCAGCAACAUUUGGAAGUUCCUUCUCGUAGGGAUGCUCAGCACGAUGGAACCUGAGACGAUUGGCGGGGGCGGCGGUGGACCGGCCGACAUUUACCGCCAUACGCUGCUCAGCACGGUCGAGUCGGUGAAUCUCGUGAGCCGGGAAUUCAAAGACGCUCACCGAACGACCUUUGUCGGUGAGCAAGUUGAAGACGACGAAGCAUUGCCGACCGACGGAAAGCGCCAGCGGCGACGCUUGCUCUGGAUUGUCCUGGACGAACUCGCGCCGAUGCUGACCAAGGUCCGAGUGCUCUUCAUGCUAUCGCACUCUUUCACGAAGCAGGGCUACCUGCCGCUCGAAGACGAAGCCAAGCUGUGGGGGUGCACCCUCGACGGCGUAACACCGACUGGCGACUCGUUCAAAUACGCAGACGACGCCACGAUCAAGGCGCAGGUAUUCAAGCGCCACGUCAACCAAGUAACCCAACGCUUUCGACUGAUGGGCCAGAAGCGGUUUGUGAGUGCGCUGACCCCGGCCCCCGAUCACCGUCCUGGUACUCCCAUCCUCCUUACCGAGUGAUCGUCGGUCUCUCCGCCAAGCCACCCGUGUAACCCUUGUUUGAGCGUUUGGAUUUGUCAUGUUGUCAAAAAUUCGUUUCUCUCCUGUUCCGUCGCACGUUCGGCAUCUCUCCCGUCGACGCUUCUUGGCGGCGGCUCAGCGAUGUCGCCCCUCUUGGACUUGAUGACCGCGUAGCCGACGCUUUGUGCAUUUGCCGCGACUUGAUAUCCACGAGAGUUUUUUCAUUCUCGACGACGUUGACUCUGGCAACUCGAUUCA